ACUUUAAUCUCAACCACUUGAUUUACUAUUUGUAUCUUCGUAUCCUCCCACGACAUGUCCUCCGUCGAAACUGAGAUCGACUAUGACUUACAAGGGCAAGGCUUGUUUAAAUUGCGUAUUCAUCAUCUUCCUUCUCCUGGCAUUUACUCUUCUUUAUUAUUCGCCAGUCGAAGCCAAAUCUCGUCGCCCAAUAACUGACGUUGAGAUCAGACAGAAGAAGCUCGAAUGCUAUGCUAAUAUAGAGAGUGGAUUGUGGGGGCAAAAAUGUAAAUCUUCUAUGGUUGCAAAGGAGAAUUGCGCCUUGCGAUGCCUUUCCCCUUCUUGUUAUGAGCUCAUUUAUGAGAGUGAUCCUCUUGAAGAAGGAGAAAAGGAUUUUGUUAGGGGCCAAGAAUACAAAUAUUGUAUGCAUAAGGUGUCACUGGAAGAAAGUCUUGAAGGCAUUAGGGGUUCGUUCGACUACUAAAAUGCGUGAGAGCUGGCAUGAGAACAUUGUACUGAAUGGGUUUGUGGCUUAAUUUGUGUCUGCACCAUCACUCCCCCCAUCUCAAGAUGUGGGAAGCAACCAUGUUUUCAAAUAGUGGGUUGAGUAACUUGAGUUUGUAGAACAACGACAUCUCUAUCUAUUGUGUACAGGACGGGACAGGACCGUAUUUUAAUUUUCAAAAGCUUUUUGGUAUUAAUUCAUCAAAAAGGUUUUAAUUGCCA